UGUCUGGAUCGAAAAUGCUUCGUCUAUCGUUGGCUCAGGGUCUACGGACAAUUGCGACAACUGCGACGACGACAACGCCACAAUGCAGUCGGCUGCAAGGCAAAGUCGCUAUUGUCACUGCGUCAACAGACGGAAUCGGAUUUUCGAUUGCGAGACGGUUAGCGCAAGAAGGAGCGAAAGUAAUGAUAAGCAGUAGAAAAGAGAAGAAUGUCAAUCAAGCAGUUGAAAUACUCACAAGAGAGGGAUUAAAAGUUUCCGGACUAGUUUGUCACGUCGGCAAAGCGGAAGACAGAGCACGUCUCUUUUUAGAGACUAAAGCGCAGUUUGGAGGUUUGGAUAUUCUGGUGUCUAACGCAGCUGCGAAUCCAGCGGUGGGCCCAGUUUUGGAAUGUCAAGAGGCUGUGUGGGACAAGAUAUUUGAUGUUAAUGUCAAAUCGACGUUUAUGCUAAUGAAGGAAGCACUGCCACUUCUUAGAGAACGGAAAUCUUCAUCUAUAAUCAUAGUUUCUUCCGUUGCAGCAUACCAGCCUUUCAAUCUACUGGGAGUCUACUCAAUUACCAAGACGAGUUUACUAGCAUUGUGUAAAACAGUAGCUGAUGAUCUUGCAUCGGAAUCAAUACGGGUCAACUGUAUUGCUCCUGGGAUAAUAAAAACAAAAUUUUCAACACCGCUCUAUGAAUCCGAGGCAGCACAUGACUUGGCCAUGUCAAAAAUCCCUCUGCAAAGAUUAGGAACUACAGACGAAAUAGCAGGAAUCGCAGCUUUCUUAGCGAGUGAGGACGCAUCUUACAUUACUGGUGAAACUAUCGUCGGAGCUGGUGGCAUGUUAUCAAGACUCUGAGAAAUCUACAUCAAAUAUCAACAAUAUAAAUUUUGCAUUGUCUGACUGAACACCCCAGAGUCCAUAUUAUUCACAGGUAAUUUUUCAGAAACAAUUUUAG